AUGAGACAUCAAGACUUAUUAUGGCCAACAUCGUUUAUGGAAAUAUGCAGGUCAUUUGAAGGAUAUUUAGCAGAACCAACAAAUAAACCUAUUGAUGAUUAUUUAAUCAUAGAAACUCUAAAAACGGGACGAAAAUAUUGGCUCGGACUGAGUGAUUUGGAACAAGAGGGAACCUUUCUGUGGACAACUAGUCAAACACCGAUUACAUCAUAUAAAAACUGGAUCCCGGGGGACCCGAAUAAUGCCAAUAGUGGGGAGGAUUGUGUUCUCAAUAACUGGAACCGUGAUGGCAAAUGGGCAGAUGGAGAUUGCGAAUGGAAGGAGUAUUAUAUUUGUCAGACAGAAGAUAUUGACGGGGGCAUUGUCGGAUGAUAUGACAAACAUGGAUUAAAGGGACAUUAGCUACGAGAUAUGAAAAAAAUUCAUUUUUUUUUGUUCAAUCAUUAAUGAACGUGAAAUAGUGAAAUAAUAAUUUACUUUAAGCAGUCAAUUUGGUUCAAUUUUGUCAAAAUAAGCUAAGAAACAUUGCUGAUGAAUUAUUCACUUGCAAGUGAAUAAUUCAAUCUCAUUGAAUCCGUAUUCAUGUGACCUUCAAUAUUACCCCUUAGCUGGACAUGGGUUACGCAUGCAUUCAGCUAUUAAAAGAAAAAGAAUGUCAACAUUGAAAGUGAAACAAGGAUGAACCAUUUGGUUGACUGAUUCGAUCCUCAAAAAAUCAUUCUUAUACAGGUAACAACGAUGAUAAACAUACUUUUUAACCUACAAUAUGAAAUCAAACAGACUAAGAAAAGUCCAAUUGCACGUGGUCACUAUCUGUUUAAGUUUAUAUUUAUAUUUAUAUCGGGUUAUAUGACCGUCGGCAGUCUUCGGAGGUCAUCUCGAUGGUGAAUUAGAUGACGUCUAGACAAAAAUACACACGAAAUGUUGAUGCAUAUUAUCAAGUCCAUGCAUUGUAAAUUGUUUAUUUAAGACUUUUUUGUAAUUUGGAUAUACGUUUUAGUAUGUUAUAAAUCAAAUAUGAGAAUUUGAGUCAAAUCGGUAAAAAUGAAUUUGACAGCUAAUGCCCCUUUAAAACAAAACAAAAUAGUGGAAUAUUGGAACUUACUGACAAUACUAUUUGAUUAAAAAAGCCAUCGUACUUGUGUCUCGUUCUUUUCAAUACCAUCGUAUUUGGAGACUUCCCGGACACCAAUGCAUUCCAGUUUAUAUUUCUGUAAAAUUUAAUUUAGUGUUGAAAAUUUUAAAUUUAAAAAAAAAAUUGCUGUUUCCAUAAGAACGAUAUGUAUUUUGAAAGUCUCAAAAUUAAUAUCGCAUCUUCAUAGCACAAGCUACAUAUGUAUGAAAUUUCAAUGAGAUUGGUUAAUAUUAAAGAAUAUAAUACAAACCCACACUAUAGCGUAGCUUUAAUUAAGGAGUGAGACAACUGUCACACGAAUUGUUCUACCAAGAAAAAUAUAACGAAGGAUACAAUGUAUUACAUAGUAUAAAGUUAAGAUGGUUCCAAAAACUUGACUUUUUUUACCUUUUACUAAAACUUUAAAUUUCGAAAUACUUUGGAUUUGGAUUUUCUAUUCUAGGAAUAGAUAAUCUUAGCUGUAUUUAGCAAAACCUUCCGGAAUUUUGAGCCCUUAAUGCUGUUGAACUUCGUAACUUUAUUUGGCCUUUUUAAAAAAAUUUUAUUCGAGGUGUCACUGAUGAGUAUUUUGUAGACGAAACACGCGUCUGGCGUACACAAUUGUAAGCCUGGUAUCUAUGUUGAGUUUAUUUACACAGUGAUGUAUUCAUCAAUAUUGACUCAAAUACAGAGAUAAAGCAUUAGUCCAACUUUCUAACGUAAACAUGACCUAGAUAUGUACAUAUUUCUUGUUUGAGGAACCCCCAGAGCCUCAAAUUGUUUUCCUCGCUAGAAAUAAGAGUCAAACUACGGAAAUGCAACCUGUAUUACCGUAGGGUUUUAUAUAAAAAACGAUUCUCGGAAUUUGCUUCUGUAAGUUGUCAAGAUCGUCACAAUUGAAUCUAAUUUGUGCAAUAAAGUUUACAUUAUUUAUGUAUAACUAUGAGAGUUAAGUUUUAGUGUCAGUCAACUGACUUGUGCACAGAUAGAGUCAAAUGUUGUAUCGUCAAUAUCGAUUGUUAGAUUUAUUCGUUGAUGUAUUUUCUAACGCAUGAAGAUGUUUCAUUGUGCUUCUAACACCAUAAGAUGUUUCAUUGUGCUUCUAACGCCAGAGGAAGUUUCCUUGUGCUUCUAACGCCAUAAGAUGUUUCAUUGUGCUUCUAACGCCAGAGGAUGUUUCAUUGUGCUU